UCAAACUGCGGUUUGAACGUUAGAGUUAACUGUUUCGGUUUCAUUUAUAAUUUUACGUGGCUCCACAGCUAGUUACAUUAUAAUAUACUGCGGUCCGACGAGGAAGAUAAAUUGCUAAAAACAGUGGAGAUGCAGCCUGCAGCAGCCAAGUGGUAUGACAGACGUGACUCUGUGUUUGUAGACUUCUGCGUAGAGGACAGUAAAGAUGUAAAAAUACAUUUCAAAAAGUCCAAAUUUGAAUUCAACUGUGUCAGUGGAACAGAUAAUAUCAAACUACAGAACUCAGUGGACCUGUUCGGGGAGAUUGACCCCAAAGAGUCUAAAUACAGGCGCACUGACAGGUCUGUGUUGUGUUGUUUACGAAAAGUGGAGGCUGGGAAAUCAUGGCCACGUCUUACAAAAGAAAAGUCAAAGUGCAACUGGCUGAGUGUGGACUUCAAUAAUUGGAAAGACUGGGAGGAGGACUCAGACGUGGACUUGUCAAGUUUUGACAAAUUCUCAGAGAUGAUGAACACAAUGGGAGGAGAUAAUAUACCUGAUUUAGAUGGUGCAGAAGAAGAGCAUGAAUCUGCAGACAGCGACGAUGAAAAAAUGCCUGACCUUGAGUAGAAGAAUAUGGCUGCCACCUCAGUAGCUAUCAAAGCAAGUUUAAAGUCUGUUGAAGAGAGAGAGACUAUAAGUUGGCAGCCAUGUUGGAGAAGGGACCUCCUCUCUUAACGCAGUUUCCAAAGUGAAGCCCCUCCAGGUAGAGAUGGUUGGAUUCUGACAUGCACAGGAGUCCAUGGUGACAUUCAGUGCUGUGCUUUGCUGUUAUUUUCUGCAUGGACAAUUCUGUUCAAAUGACAUUGUUAUUGUUCUUAAAUGACUGUAAUGGGAUGUGCUGAUGUCUUACACUUUCUCUCUCUGUUUAUUAGCGUGGGGCUGUGAAUUGUGAUUUGUAAUGAAGAAAAAGAAAAAAUACCUAUUUUCCAAAACCUAGAUUUUUUUAAUGAUAGAAUCCCCCUUGUAAUGUUUGAUUUGUAAAAUGCACUUAUUUUAUUUGUUAAUUUAAGAAGCAGGAGUUCCGCUUCAAAUGGGUUUACAAAUGUAUGCCAAUAUUUAACAAUUUUAUUUUAAAACAUAUUCAGAAUAUAUAAAAAAAACAUGUUGGUGCAACUAAAAGCUUGUGUUGAGAUUAUAAUAGUAGAGUGGUGCAUUUUCGCAAAUGAUCAAAUCUUUGCUAAGAGUUUACUAUGCCAGUGUAAGUACAUUGCACAUUGUAGCUGAUACAAUAUUAACUUUCUUCCAUAUGCAUACUGAGGUGAGGGCAGAAAUCCUAUGUAGUCUACCAAGAGUUUCCCAAUUACUUUAUUAAUUGUUUGUGUUUAUCAGAUACACUAGAUCUUUGCUUUGGAGGCUUGUGUGUUUGAUUGAAAACGUGCUGAACAUUUGCGUUUGUAUUGCUUUUAGGCUUGGGAGUUUUGGUAUCCAUUUCUAAUAAACCGUUUCAGAUUGUUGAACACAAAGCCUUAA